UUACAACACUUAAGAUAUAUUAAGAACCAGAAGUUCUUGUAUUAUAAUAAUCCAAUUAUUUCUUGUUUUCAAUAGUAACUAUGGUUGAGCAAUUUGUUGGUAAAUGGAAAAUGACUUCAAGUGAGAACUUUGAUGAAUACUUAAAGGCUGUAGGUGCUGGUUUUGCUUUCCGGCAAAUAGCAAGCCUUGCAAAACCCAACGUGACAUUUGCUGUGGAUGAGCAGGGUUUCAUCUUCAUGAAAGCUGUUACUUCAUUUAAGACCUUUGAACUCAAAUUCAAAUUAGAUGAAGAAUUUGAUGAGGCAACAGCAGGCGGCAAGAAAGCCAAGAAUACAAUGAGCCUUGUGGAUAAUAAACUUAUUCAAAAACAGACCUGGGAGGGCAAUACCACAACAAUCGAAAGAGAGAUUAUAGACUCAAAACUGAGAGUGACAUGUAUCAUGAAUGAUGUGGUCGCUAUCAGGACAUAUGAGAGAGAUGAAUGACUGCCUGCCUGAACUGCUGAUUUUAAUAUGGUUUAACUUUACUGCUUCUUAAUUCAGUGUCCAACAGAAUUUGUUUUGUCGCAAGAAAAAAUGGUUUAUAAGUACAAUUAAAAAUAAAAUAAAAAUAUUACAAUGUAACUUGGGUAUUAUUUUUAUUUUAUUAAAGUUUUUCCACAUGAGAACCAAACAGAAAGUGAAGUAGUACAGUAUGAAUAUUAAUGUAAAAUAAUUAUAAAUAAUAAUCCACCCCUGCACCUCACAUUGCGAGUAUGCAGUAAGUGCCUAGAUUAGAUGUUAAGGACAUGAGGAGAAAAGUAAUAAUACAUGUUUUUGUUUCUUUUUGAAAAUAAAUAAAUAAAGUUUAGGUUCCUGUCAUAUAUAACUCAAUAUAGCAAAAUGCCUAGCAUCCAAAAACAGCCAUAAUAAAAAUAUAUUGUUCGACCACUG